AUGAGGGAUGCCACCAGCCAACACUUCAUGGCUCACGCUUGUGCUGCUGCUGUUGGCUUUCUGACAGUUUCCAGUGUCAUUACCAUGUCAGCCCCUUUCUUUCUGGGGAAAGUUAUUGAUGUUAUUUAUACAAAUCCCAGUGAAGACCUCACUGCGAGCCUGACCAGCUUGUGUGCCUUGCUGAGUGGAAUCUUUUUAUGUGGUGCUGCUGCUAAUGCUACUCGUGUCUACCUCAUGCAGACUGCAGGACAAAGAAUUGUGAAACGUUUGAGAACAAGCAUGUUCUCCUCUAUUCUGAAGCAAGAAACUGCUUUCUUUGACAAGACCAGAACAGGGGAGCUGAUAAACCGCUUAUCAUCAGACACAGCCCUCCUGGGCCGUUCAGUGACUGAAAACCUUUCAGAUGGGCUCAGGGCAGGAGCUCAAGCAUCCGUGGGGGUUGGAAUGAUGUUUUUUGUGUCUCCUAGCCUUGCUGCAUUUGUCCUGAGCAUUGUGCCACCCUUGGCUGUCCUGGCUGUGAUUUAUGGAAGAUACUUGCGAAAACUUACUAAAAUCACCCAAGAUUCUCUUGCAGAAGCAACACAGUUAGCUGAAGAGCGCAUUGGAAACAUAAGAACAGUCCGAGCUUUCGGGCAAGAAGUGUCUGAAAUGGAGAAGUAUACAAAUAAAGUUGAUUAUGUGCUACAACUGGCUAAAAAAGAGGCACUGGCUCGGGCAGGCUUCUUUGGAGCAACUGGCCUUUCUGGGAACUUAAUUGUCCUCUCAGUCUUAUACAAAGGAGGAUUACUAAUGGGCAGUGCCUACAUGACAGUUGGAGAACUCUCAUCUUUCCUAAUGUAUGCUUUCUGGGUUGGAAUAAGCAUUGGAGGUCUAAGUUCCUUUUAUUCUGAGCUAAUGAAAGGACUAGGUGCUGGUGGACGUCUGUGGGAACUUAUUGAAAGGAAGCCCCAACUUCCAUUUAAUGAGGGAAUCACAUUAGGCAAAGACACAUUCAGAGGUGCUUUGGAAUUCAAGGAUGUUGAGUUUGCCUAUCCAACACGUCCAGAAACAUCAAUUUUCAAAGAUUUUAGCCUUUCCAUUCCAGCUGGCUCUGUUAUGGCUCUGGUUGGCCCAAGUGGUACAGGGAAAUCAACUAUUGUAUCCCUUCUGCUGAGGCUGUAUGAUCCUAUCUCAGGUACUAUCACUGUUGAUGGCUUUGAUAUCCGUCAGUUAAAUCCACUGUGGUUUAGGACAAAGAUUGGAACAGUGAGUCAGGAACCAAUUCUGUUCUCCUGUUCUAUUGCUGAAAAUAUUGCCUAUGGUGCAGAGGAUCCUUCUACUGUGACUGCAGAGGAGAUUCAGAAAGUUGCUGAAAUAGCUAAUGCUGCUAGUUUUAUCAGAGAUUUUCCAAAAGGGUUUGACACUGUAGUUGGAGAAAAAGGCAUUUUGCUUUCAGGUGGACAGAAGCAGCGGAUUGCGAUUGCUCGAGCUUUGCUCAAGAAUCCUAAAAUUCUUCUGUUAGAUGAAGCAACAAGUGCUUUGGAUGCUGAAAAUGAGUAUCUAGUGCAAGAAGCUCUGGACCGGCUGAUGGAAGGGAGGACAGUCCUCAUCAUUGCUCAUCGCCUGUCUACCAUCCAGAAUGCUGAUUUUGUGGCAGUCCUUGGCCAGGGUAAAAUUCUUGAAUGUGGGAAGCAUGAGCAACUGCUUGCAAAUCCAAAUGGACUUUUCAGGAAACUAAUGCAGAAACAAGCUUUUCUUCAGAACAGUGAUACUUUUGCGUUAGACUUACAAUCCAGAGAAAAGGAUGUAUUAAAAGAAAAUGUAUGAGAGAAUGUAUGAAUAAUGGAAGCGUACAAACUACGAAGAAUAUAACUUAUAUUUCAGUUAUGUAAAGUAAAUGUUAUAUUUUUCCAAAAUGUACAAAAUAUUCUUUUGAAACCUAAAUGUGUUUAAACUUUUUAUUGAAAGCUUUUUAAUAAUUAUUGCAACUUUUUAAAAUGUCUGUCACAUUGAAAGAAUUUUAGUGUAUAGAUUUUUCUGCUGUGUGUUAACUGAGACCAUUUAGAAUUCUGUUGGCUGUAAUGCACUGUAUGAUGAUGUGCUGCAUUCUCAAGUCCAGUAUUUUAAAGGG